AUGACGGACGAUGAAACAUCGGCGACAAUGGCAACAACUUCUGUUGCUUCUGAUCAAGAGGACACGGACAAUAAAAUUCAGGCUGAAUGCAUGGAAACAGUCAAUAUUUUAUCAGAACGCGAUGGUUGGACCUUAUUAAACGCCCCGAAGUGUUCGGAAGAGGAAUUGCAACAGGAAGUUGCUCGCUAUGGUUUAGAGAAUGAUCCCCAAACAGCUCGCUUCUGUAGGUUUAUUGCUGUAGCAACAAACUUUGCUUCACUGAAAUUCGUCGAACGAAUUCAACGUGUACCUGAACUCAUUGAGAGUAUUAAGCAACUUCUCGACGAAAUUCAACGUGAAAUGAACGAAAUGAAUGAAAUGGCACAAUAUGAGAAAGAUUCCCUCGAAUCCAAUUCGAAUCUACCUUUAAAUGAACAAGAUCGAUCAGAUAUUGAAACAGCUUUGAAUGGAAUGUGCUUUGGUACUCGAAACUUGCUUCAGUUGUCGCAAAAAUCGCGCGAACAAAGCGAAAAACUGGAUCAGAAUAUUCGAAGCCUGCAGCAAACGGUCCAAAGUAAACGAGUGGUUGUAGAAGGUCGUAUAGAUUUCGGUGAGCAUUUUAAGCACAUUAGUCAAGCAAUAGCCGCUUUUGGUGUCUACCAGGCUACUAACGCGCUCACGACGAAUAGUUUGCAGCAUCUGUCACGCAUUCCUGGCUUCAUUCAAGUUGGAAGUCGCAUUUAUCCACCUCUUCGAACUAUCCUAAUUUCUGUUGUUCUUGGUGGAAUCACCGUGAGUUCCAUCGGCAUAUUAGUUAAACGAUUUUGGCUCAAGCACAAUUAUCGAGCUUUAGAAAUCUUAGAAAAUCUCUUCAAUCAUCUUAUGAAUCUCAACGAAGCAAAUGAUCAUUUUACAAAGUAUAUGUGUGAUUCAGAAGCGAAUGCUAACGACGUUCUCACUAACAUCGAAACAUUACAAAGACAAAUUACUUCAACUAGUCCACGUAUACGACGAAUGAAUCAAGCAGUAUGUCAACGAGCUUCUACAGCUACAAAUAAUAUGAUUGACUGUAUUGAAAAGAUUUUGGCCAUUGAUAUGACUGGCUGGACUUCGUCUGCUGUUCAACGUGUUGCUACGAAUCAGAAUAACACACUUUCAUUGCAACAAUUACCUCAACUAACAUACGAAUGUGAUUAA